GCGCUCUACGCCAUCGUAGCACACGCGAAAAUUAUUAUAUGUUAUUUCGACUUCCAAAGAUUUUUUUGAAUAUUUUUAUUAUACUUUUGAUUUUGCAUGAAAUCAUAAUAUCGAAAAUUUAAAAAUUCUGUUACGGAAUCGUAGCCAAUUAUAAAAUUUUCGCGUCAAAUAUUUUGUUUCUAUUUAUCAGUGCGGAUAGAUAAGGAAAUGUCGCUGACGGUAUUCAAGUCAUUUCUACUACUGAGUCUUGUGAAGAAUUCGAUUUCGGGUGAAAAAGGACGUCAAAAUACAACAAGUCGCUUAGAAACAUCUUGUUCGCUAUCGGAUUAUGCAGAUAAGGCGUAUUGUGAGCGAUCUAAUGAAACGCUGACCUGCACUAAUGGCUUUACAAAAAUCUGGCUAGUAAAUGUAAGAUACGAUAUAUCUCAUUUAUCGGUAUUGGAAUGGCCUGGAGAAUGUUUCAAUAUAGGUCGUCUUCAAAAACAUUUUCCUCGACUAAGGUUGUUGGAUAUUACUAAUAGCACAAGCCUCAAACAUUUCAAAGGUCAUUUCGACGCUCAAAGCAAAAUUGAGAAAAUAUCGAUACAUAAUUCAACAUCACUGUGGGAGGUACCCGCGGCUGUCGUGGAAAAUAUGACGCAGUUAAGAGAAUUAGAUUUCCGAAACAAUAUGCUGAGGCACAUGAAAGCAAAUCUCUUACGAGGGCCACCAAAGUUGCAAGCGGCUUAUCUUGCUGAAAACAAAUGGGAUUGCAGCGAUGGCGGUUUGGAUUGGCUGGCUAUGGAGAAUAAAAAUGGAUCAGUUAGGAGAAUAAUGGUAGAUUAUUAUGAACUGGUUUGUCACCAACAGCUGUAUAGAGGAAAACCACUGUACAAAGUCAUGAAUAUUAUUCGAAUGGUACGAGAGACUUGCCCGGAGCCUUGUGCAUGCGCAAUGACCCACGUAGUCUCUGAUCGUCAAGGGACAGUGAUUCCAUUGAUCACUGUAGACUGUUCAAAGAGAAAUCUAGAAAAUCCUCCACCGUCUUUACCUCCCAGUACAACAACACUUCGUCUGGAAGGAAAUAAGUUAAGCAGUAUUCGACAGCUGGUCCAGAAUCCUCAGUAUCAAAAGCUAGUGGACUUAUAUCUUGACAACAACAGUAUUCAAACCGUUAAAGAACUAGAGGGAUCUGAGUGGUUUACAACUUUUAGAGUAUUAAGUCUUCGGGGGAACAUGUUGAAACAGAUACCAGUGUACGCCUUUGACAAAGCCUUUCAAGGGAACAACAAUAUAAUGCAUGUGUUUUUAGGGCACAAUCCAUGGCGAUGCGAUUGCCACUUCAUACCGAGAUUCCAAGGAUUGCUCUUGAAAUAUAAAAGAGUGAUACGGGACUUAACAGACAUUAGAUGUGCAAAAUCAGACGACAAAUCUAUUUCUUUUGUCCAGAUAAGUACAAUGUCACUAGGCAACGUGUGCAGAAACAAUGACAUGAAAAUGCCGAUAAGUACGAUUAAUAUUGUAAACUUGAUCCUUUUAGCGCUUAUAACGUCUGUUAUUGGCAAAUUCUUAUACGAUUGGCACCGGUUUAGGACUACGGGGGAAUUACCUUGGAUAUCUGCAGUUAUGCCGUAAUCAUUGGCGUAUUUAGGGUUUUUUUUUCAGGGGGGGGGGGUCCCUUUACUACGAAAAAAAAUCGAACUAUGACAGUUUGGAAGUUCGGUUUCUUUUCGUAUUUUGAUAUUUAAUCUACGGGGGUUAUGUUAAAACAUGAAAUGAAUGGUAUGUAUCCGUACCUUGCCUAUAUUCAAAAGUAACUAAACGGAAUGUACUGUAUAAUAAGUAAUAAAAACUAAGUAUGUACAUUUCAUUUUAAUGAUUUUUGUUUGAAGUUUCUUAGGUGUCCAGCCUAGAAUUAUGAAUCGGUAACCCAACAUCCUGGGGCACUAGACCAUACUGAAGUGGGCACGGCCCACCCGGCCUCCUUCUAUAUACGCCUAUGACCGUAAUAAUAGCAUACUUAAUAGGCUGCAGAGAUACAUAUGUACAUAGUUCACGGUAAUUAUUUGUUAAUACACAUAAUGAUAUUAUGUGCCAUAUAGCUAGAAAAGUCAAUUGUUACCGAGAAAUUACGCCACUCCUAUACAUAUAAAUUCUACAAAUGACAUCAUAUUAUUCACUGGUGGUAGGGCUUUGUGCAAGCUCGUCUGGAUUGGUACCACCCACUCAACAGAUAUUCUACCGCAAAACGGCAGUACUUGGUAUUGUUGUGUUUCGGUUUAAAGGGUGAGUGCGCCAAUGUAAUUACAGGCCCAAGGGACAUAACAUCUUAGUUCCCAAGGUUGGUGGUGCAAUGGCGAUGUAAGCAAUGGUUAACAUUUCUUAAAAUGCCAAUGUCAAUGAGUGUUAUUGACCACUUAGGUGGCACGUAAGCUCGUCCGCCUACCUAUACUAUAAAAAAAAUGUCAAAGUUGUAAUUUUUUUUAACCCCUAAUUGGAAUGUGCUUUAGUAAUAUUAUAAUGCUUUAUUAUGCUUAAAAUUGUAAAAUCAAUACACAAAAACAAAACAAAAACACUGAUUUCGCGUGUUUAACUAAAUAUGCGCUAGGCAACCUUUUUAA